UUGUGUUCAAAACACACACAAAGUCGCCAACAGCGCUGCAAAUGACGACCGUGGACGUUCGCCGGGCGACUCUGGUCGACGUCGUCGAGCUGGCGCCGAUAUUCGAUGCCUACCGCGUCUUCUAUGACCAGCCGAGUGACGUGGCACGUGCAGAGGCUUUUCUCAUCGAGCGAUUGACGGCCAACGACACUGUGCUCUUUGUGGCCUCGCUCGGUGGGCGUCUAGUGGGCUUUGUGCACCUCUUCCCGAGCUUCUCGUCCGUCACGACCCAGCGGCUUUGGAUCCUCAACGAUCUCUUCGUCGACGUGAGCGCGCGUCGAGCAGGCGUCGGCCGGCGAUUGAUGACGACUGCGACUGCGCACGCCCACGCCACUGGCGCGAAAGGUCUCGUGCUCGAGACCGGUCACGACAAUCUAGCCGGGCAAGCGCUCUACGAGUCCUUGGGCUACAAGCGAUCCUCCGAGUUCUACUACUUUUUAGCGACUUCCAGUACCAUUGAUAAACUAUAGAGAAAGUCUGUGACUCCCCGAGCAGCUACGGGCUUAAAGCAGCAGCCAAUUUCGGAUCAUAGUUUGAUUGCUGGAAAGUGUAAGCCCAAUUACCCAAUAUCUGAAAGAAUAUAUUGAAGCAUUCAUUACCA